GAUAUGUGUAUGUGUCUAAUAAGUCACAUUUGUAAUUCUCUAAAAAAAAAAAAUGUCACAUGCCAUCUCGUGUUAUAUUUUAUUUGGCAAAGCCUUUCUCUUUUAAAUAAUGCUUAUGCAUUGGCAAUGGUUGAAUACUCUUCUCCAACAUUACAUUGUUACGAAACAAUUCAUAACUUCUUUGCGGUUCAUAAAUGCCUGCAGAACUCAUACAUCCAGUGGGCCAUAUUUCCCAUUCUGCUUCUUUAGUUCAGCAUGGCUUGAGAUGACCAAGAAAGUAUCGGUAAUGACGGCUCUCUGCGUUCGCAGCAGCCCCUGUCAUCGAGGCGUUUGGCAGGUUUUUUUCAGUGACCAUGCCAAGUAAACACUUCUGAUUCUUGCGGUGAAACUGAUUCAUUUGAGGCGGUGUGCAAGCUUGUUGGAUGCUGGCAGGGUGGUGCUCUGUGGGGUACAUUUGGGAACCUUUUAUGCUUAACAUAUUUCAUUUUCUGCAUAGGCAGUCAUAUUUAUGUCAUAUCUACCGUGCUGUUGAGUUUCACCAUGCCUGCUAAAAGGUAAGUAAUAUAGGUCUUCCUUAUAAAGCAGUGUGCUUGUAGUUUGGUGGCAGAUUAAAUCGAAUGCAGUAACUUCAUUUUCAGAGAUAUGUAAUUUUGGGCGUUGUAGGUAGCAGUUAUCAUUGAGUUGAUGUACGCUGUCAAUGAAGCAAAAAAAAUCUUAAGACAUCGUCGGAGCAUUGCAUUCAAUGUCCCCUCUAUUACUGCCAGUUUUACAAGCUUCACUUGAUAUGGCAGGUUCAUAAAUUGUACUUUGCACCCUGAUAUCUGCUCCUCCCUCUCAUCUCCUUGUAUUUAUUUGACUACCUGCGCACGGAAGUAUUUGCCGUGAUUUACAGCAGUCCCACUGAAUGUAUGUUCUCUCUUCCACUGGAACAAAUGUAAUGGCCAGCACUACUCAAGUGCUUGUUUUAGAAUUUUGUAAUGUAAUUGUCAUAGAUAUCGAUUGACAUUGGGAUUCAUUAGUCUAAUUGUUAGUUAGCAUUCAAAUUAUUUCUAAGUGGUCUAUAUUUUACUUAAAUGCUGUGUUUCCUUGAUUUAAUUUAAACAUCUCGGAUAUAGAGACAUUUAUAAUUCCAAAAUAAUUCUGCUUAUACAUCUAAGUACCAUGUAAAUUGAAUUCACAAAUACAUUUAGACUCCCAUUGUAUGCAACCUCUGCACGUAUAGCUACCUAAAAUAUUGGAUUUCUCCUCCCCAACCAUAGUGAAAUUUUAAUUACAUGUAAAACAUUUAAACUAAUAAUAUGACCAUGAGACAGAACAAAGUGUUCCCGUUUUGUAAUCACUUGACACCAUUGUGUUGUUUGAAAAUUCCUAGCACUCACGGAUUAUUGCACUUGCGGAUUAUUGUAGGAUCUAGCGAGAAUCUGUCAUAGUUUGUAUAAUAUAUGCAUUGUGGAUUGCCCAUUCAGUUCAUUGUAGCGUCAGUGACGCGAGUAAUAUGAAUAGGUGGCCAGAGGAAAGAGUGAUCGGGUCCUGUCAAACUAAAUUUAUAUAAUCAUUGGAAAUGUAUUUGCGGUUUCAUGUUUUAUCUAUACACACACACACUUAUAAUGUGGGCAUGUAUCACAGAAUGAAUUCAGCAUUUAAUGAUGGCAGUGUAUAUUGCCGUUUAGUGUUAGUUUGCCUCGGUGGGAUUCCUGCGGGAAAAAAAGUUGAAACUUAUAAUUUUGUCAAAACAUUACACAUCAGUGCCUGCAGCUCAUGCUUGUUAAACUGAGACUCUCCCAGAUUUUGUUGUUGUUGUGAAUCUAACAUUUUCAUCUGCAUAUUUUUGACAUUUUUUUGCUUUGAUGUGCUUUUAUUCAUGUGCAUCAGUUUCUUUUUUGUGUUCAAGCCAUCUUUGCACCAUUACGUUCAGUUGAUUAGCUUUUGCCAUCUGCCAUUGUUAUCGAGCUGAUUGCUGUUUUGGGCUUGGGGAAAUGGCACGGAUUUAUCAUCUUUGCUCAAAGGUAUGCUUCUUCAAUACACCUGUUUCGUGGUUUGUGUUCGCUCCCCCCCCAAUUUUCACCUUGUCACAACAUUUUUGUGUGGAGUCUCCAUGCAGUGAUUACGAGCCACUGGGGAGGCGAUUGCGCUUAGUUAAAUAUCUUUGCUAGACAUAAAACAAUUGUUCGUGGUGUGCGUGUGUUUAUACAAAAUACCAGACUGGAAUUAUAAUUCACGUUUGUCUUUGGGGGUGUUUGGACAGUCGUUCACAUGAGCCACUGUUUAGGUAAUAUUUGUUGAACUCGGUACCAUGCCAUUGCCGGUAAAAUAUUUUCAUUUACUGUUUCGUUAUUGGCUCAUGCAUUAACUUUUUUCGUAGCUUUUAUUUCAGAAUGCCCACUUUAAUUAUUAAUUUUAAUGUGCACGAGAUUAAAUGGCGCUAGUAACACAGAAAAUGGGCUGCAAGGCAUCGCGAUUAAUGUCACGCGAUUCCUUCCGCUGAGCAUGCACUAGAGAGCAGAGCUUUUCGCGAGCGAUCCAUCACGGUAGGAGCCAUCGGGACGCCUGGGUAUUAAAUAUCGCAUACAACCCGACAUUCUGCCUGAUCAGCCAUUCCAAGAUACAGUCCCAACAUGCGCUGCUUGGCGGCACGCGUUAACUAUCGGUCCCUGAUCGUCAUCUGCGCUCUCUUCUCCUUGGUGACCAUCCUGCUGUGGAACAAAUGUGGCACAGAGAGCACGCACGUCUUGGAGGGUCUAGGCACGGGCAAGGAGCCCGACAGACACCACCGCUCUGUGCUGGGAGAUGCGGUGGCCCACGCCGACCCCAAUGACAUCCCUCAGGGUAUAAUGCAGCCGGCUGUCGUUGCGGAUGGCGGACCCGGCCAAGGGAAUGGUGACAUGCGCCACCAGCCCCCGGCUGUGCCCGUGGUGUCGCUCGUCCCAUUGCUCAAACCCGCGAACGCAGGCAAGCCCCUCGGCAUCAAGUACGAAGAGAUCGAUUGUGUUGUCAAUGAUGAUUACACUGUCAAGGGCCGUCGAGAAGGCAGCGAUGUCUAUCUGCCCUUCAGCUGGGUGGAGAAGUAUUUUGAGGUGUACGGGAAGAUCGUCCCAUACGAUGGCUUUGAGAGGUUUGAGUUCUCACACUCUUACUCGAAGGUGUACAACCAGCAGGACCUGUACAAGCCAGAUGGCGUCUUCAUGUCCUUUGAGGGCUACAAUGUGGAAGUUCGAGACCGUGUCAAGUGCAUCAGUGGAGUGGAAGGUGUGCCAAUAUCAACACAGUGGGGUCCACAGGGCUACUUCUACCCAAUCCAGAUAGCCCAGUAUGGCCUGAGCCACUUCAGCAAAAACCUGACCGAGAAAGCUCCUCGCGUGGAGGUCUACGAGACCGGAGAGGAGGGUGGACCCUCGCACUGGGACGUCCCUGGUGGCUGCUCACUUAUCAGCGUAAUGGACCGGGAGCGAGCAAACGACGUCAAGCAGUUUGCCACAGCAGAGUCGUCAAAAGGGGUUUCCCGUGCACUCGAGAACACCAAGGACUUCAUGCUGUCUUUGAACGUCAAGUUUCAGUCAAACGGCAGCAUUUCCGUUGAGCUGGAGACCACUGAGAAGCGGUACACGAUACACUAUGUCACGAACAAGCAGCUCCUGCACGUAAAAGAGCGAGACAUUUACUACGGCAUCGGAGAGCGGACCGUGUGGAGCACCCUCACCCGCGACCUCCUCACAGACCUCAAGAAAGGGGUGGGCCUCUCCAACACCAAAGCCGUGAAGCCCACCAAGAUACUGAUCCGCAAAGUCAGCAGAGUGACGCUGCGUGGGAAAGGGGCGGUCGACAAUGUGACCCUGGCCACCACCGCGCACAUGGCGGCCUUCUUCGCGGCCAGCGAGUGGCUCAUCCGCAACCAGGACGGCAAGGGAGGCUGGCCCAUCGGCGUCACGCGCCGGCUCGGGGAGGGCUUUCGGCCACUGGAACCCGGCUGGUACUCCGCGAUGGCACAGGGUCAGGCGAUGUCCAUACUUGUCCGGGCCUACCGCCUCACGAGGGACGAGCGAUACCUGCGUGCUGCUCUCAGAGCAACGGGUCCCUUCACGAUUGCAUCGCAGGACGGCGGGGUGAAGGCAGUCUUCAUGAACCGCUACGACUGGUACGAGGAGUACCCCACUUCGCCGAGCUCUUUCGUCCUCAACGGCUUCAUCUACUCCCUCAUCGGCCUGUACGACCUCACCCAAACGGCCGGCGAGGCGGAGGGCGGGGAUGCGCGACGGCUCUUCCAGCGCGGCAUGGAGUCGCUGCGCGCCCUGCUGCCCCUCUACGACUCCGGCGCGGGCACCAUCUACGACCUGCGGCACUUCGUGCUGGGCAUCGCGCCCAACCUGGCCCGCUGGGACUACCACACGACGCACAUUAACCAGUUGCAGUUGCUGGCCUCCAUCGACCCUGCGCCGAUCUUCAAGGAGACCGUCCGCCGAUGGCUGGGCUACAUGAAAGGACAAAAAGCUAAACACAACUGAGGCUGGUGUUGUUCCAUGUGGAGCUUCUUGGAAGAUCUUGAAUAUACAUUAUUAUGUAGAGGUUAUGUUUUUAAUUUUGAUAGACAUUUGCAUAACUUAUGUCAUAAACGGUCUAAAACCAAUUCAAGAUGGUACCAAAGAAAGCAUGAGAUAGAGUAAAGGUGAUAUGCAUUCAAUGAUUGCUAUAAUGAUAGUUUGGCCAGAUGUUAUAUUUCACCUCCCACAUCCAAAAUAUCCAAAAGUUCUGCCAUGCUGUUUUGUGUAAAUAUCCUUAACUGUUGUAACCACAUUUAUAAUUUCCACAACUCUUUAAGCAAGCAGGAAUAGGCUGAGCAUUUGGCACUUUCAGAAUUUUACAUUGUGGGAAUACUUGAAAAUGUUUUUUUCUGUUAAAGCGAUAAACAUUGAUUUUUACAUUCCAUUUAUUACUAACUAUAUUUAUACGAUAAUACAGCAUGGUCACGGUUUGGCUACUUUGGACUUAUAAGCACAAGUAUAGUUUUUAGUUUUUAUCUGUUGGAACGGCAAAGGCAUGUAAUGGCAAAAUAAGCCAUGGGCUGUUCUUUGUGUGUUAAUGCACAUUUGUGCUUGUCGGGGAUUUUUUUGGGGUUGAACAUCCAGUCAGGUUUGCUUUAAGGUGUGAAUUUAAAUUGCUGCUUCCAAUGUUAUAUUUUUCAAAGGCUUUUUGUUAAAAGAUUAUAUUUGAUACUGUAGGUUUUUUUGUACAUCCAAGGUGCCGAGACCAUUUUUCCCACCGAUAGGAGCUGGUCACACUCUUUCUCUCUCUCCCACCAAGGAUCUGCGGAUUAAGACUGUGGAGGAGAAUCGCACGACAAAGGCACUCGUCGCCUUGCAUUCAGUAGGGGAUGCCACUGUUUUAUUUGCUGUGGUACGGUGGUAAAUUUUUGAUGAGGAAAUAUUGCGCAACUCUGUUUUUAAUUCUGCAUUUAACAAACGACGACUUGUAAACCAUAAACUACUUUUUAUUUUACUAGGUAAGACCCACUGAGCUAUAUAGCUCUUUUUCAGAAGCGACCUGGCCACAAAUAAUAGCUCAGUGAAGUGGCUUAUCACGUGGACAUUUAGAGCAGCCAAAUACUC